CGUUGGAGAGAAGGCGCAAUGGACGACCAGGGCUGCCCCCGGUGUAAGACUACCAAGUACCGGAACCCCUCCCUGAAGCUGAUGGUGAAUGUGUGCGGACACACUCUGUGUGUCAGAACUACAACCAGGAUUCAGAGGCUGCUGUUGACUGCCAGAUCAACCUGGAACUCUACAACUCUUACAUCAACCUGUCAUUGUCUUACUACUUUGACCACAGUGAUUUGGCUUUGACGAACUUUGCCAGAUAUAUUCUUCGUCAAUCUCAUGAGGAGAGGAAACAUGCUAAAAAACUUAUGAAUCUGCAGAACAAACGAGGUGUUCGGAUCUUCUUUCAGGAUAUCAAGAAAACAGAAUGUGAUGACGGAGAGAGUGGGUUGAAUGCAAUGGAAUAUGCAUUACAUUUAGAAAAAAGGGUGAACACAUCAUAUCUGGAACUGCAAAAAGUGGCCAUUGACAGAAACCACCACCAGUUAUGUGACUUCACUGAGACUCAUUACCUGAAUGAGCAGGUGUGAAAGUUGUGUGGAUUUACUGUUUGUGCGAGGAGCUGGAAAUUGUCCUGAGUGUGGCACUCCACUUAGAAAGAGCAACUUCAGGGUACAGCUCUUUGAAGAUCCUACUGUUGACAAGGAGGUUGAGAUUCGAAAAAAAGUGCUGAAGAUAUACAAUAAAAGAGAAGAAGACUUUCCUAGUUUAAGAGAAUAUAAUGAUUUCCUGGAAGAAGUGGAAGAAAUUGUUUUCAACUUGACCAACAAUGUGGAUUUGGACAACACCAAAAAGAAAAUGGAGUUAUAUCAAAAGGAAAACAAGGAUGUCAUUCAGAAAAAUAAGUUAAAGCUGACUCGGGAACAGGAAGAAUUGGAAGAAGCUUUAGAAGUAGAACGACAAGAAAAUGAACAAAGAAGGCUAUUUAUACAAAAAGAAGAACAACUGCAGCAGAUUCUAAAAAGGAAGAAUAAGCAGGCUUUUUUAGAUGAACUGGAGAGUUCUGAUCUACCUGUUGCUCUGCUUUUGGCUCAGCAUAAAGAUAGAGCUACCCAAUUGGAAAUGCAGCUUGAAAAACCCAAAAGUAUAAAACCAGUGACGUUUUCCACAGGCAUCAAAAUGGGUCAACAAAUUUCAUUAGCACCUAUUCAAAAGCUUGAAGAAGCUCUAUAUGAAUACCAACCACUUCAAAUAGAGACAUGUGGACCACAAGUUCCUGAGCUUCAAAUGCUGGGAAGACUUGGGUAUUUAAACCAUGUCAGAGCUGCCUCUCCACAGGACCUUGCUGGGGGCUAUACUUCUUCUCUUGCUUGUCACAGAGCACUACAGGAUGCAUUCAGUGGGCUUUUCUGGCAGCCCAGUUAACCUUUAUUUCUCAGCUUAUAAGAUUUGGACCUUGGAGCACAACUAGGAGCUAGCAAAACAAACUUGUAAAAUUAUAACCAUAUGGAGCUGCACAACAGUACUUACCACUAGCAACUGUUAAAGUAUUUAUAAAGAGAAAUUUUUAGAAGUAAGCUGAUUGAUAUAAUGGAGGCAUAUCUGUGAAAAAGAUUUAUUUUCUAACUUAUACUUUCCUCAGAGGGAUUGAAGAAGUAAGUGUCAUCUGAUGAAAGAUAUGAAUAAUUCACCUAUGUAUAUUUGAGGUUGACAGGCAGACUUGUAAAAUCUUUUUAAAAAUAAAGCUAUACUUUAUAUUAA